GUGCUCUUGGCGGAAGUGCUAGUUGCGGGAAUCCUGGGUGGGAUGGCCGCAGGCAGGCGCUUUCUAAGGCUGCUGCGUGCCCCCUCCAGUUCCAUGGCUCAGAGCCCACUCCAGGGCGUGCCCCCCUCCAAGGGCCUGCACGCGGGGCACGGGCCCCGAAGGCUCUCCAUCGAAGGCAACAUUGCUGUGGGAAAGUCCACCUUUGUGAAGUUACUCACGAAAAGGUACCCAGAGUGGCACGUAGCUACAGAACCUGUAGCAUCAUGGCAGAAUGUCCAGGCAGCUGGCCCGCAAAAAGCCAUCAGUACUCCAAAUCCCGGAAACUUGCUGGAUUUGAUGUACCGGGAGCCAGCAAGAUGGUCCUACACAUUCCAGACAUUUUCUUUUAUGAGCCGCCUAAAAAUACAGCUGGAGCCCUUCCCCGAGAAAGUCUUACGGGCCAAGAAAGGGGUACAGAUCUUUGAGAGGUCUGUGUACAGCGACAGGUAUAUCUUUGCAAAGAAUCUGUUUGAAAAUGGCUCCCUCAGUGAUAUGGAGUGGCAUAUCUACCAGGACUGGCAUUCUUUUCUCCUGCAGGAGUUUGCCGGCCGGCUCCAACUACACGGCUUCAUCUACCUUCAGGCUACUCCCCAGGUUUGUUUGAAGAGACUACACCGGAGGGGCAGGGAAGAAGAGAGAGGAAUUGAGCUGGAAUAUCUUGAGCAGCUUCAUGGUCAGCACGAGGCCUGGCUUGUUCACAAGACCACCAAGCUCCACUUUGAGACUCUGCUGAACAUCCCAGUGCUGGUGUUGGAUGUCAGUGAUGAUUUUUGUGAAGAUGAAACCAAAGAAGAAGAAUUCAUGAUAAAGGUAAACACCUUUGUAAAUACUUUGUAACCAGUACUAGGAUAUUGUGGCUGUAAUCUGGGCUUCUUGGACUUUCUGAAGCUAGAAAAACACCGAGUCAACCAUCUCUCCAUCCCCACCCCCAUCUCCUUUUGCUCUAGAGUGCUCUGACACUCCACUGUGGUUUCUGUUACCUAAGACUUUUGCCAUGGUCUUCUUUUGUAUCUCAAAGUCUUCUAAAAUAAAGUUUAUUUAAGUUAUGUUUA